UCAUUUGCGAAGCCUUCCGAGGUGACCUUUUCAACAAUGACGUACUUCCGGUGACGGCAAAACACGAGAACGACAAAAGAGCUAACGAGAGUGGUAAACCUCCAAGGUUGCAUGUGAGGGCCAUGGCUCGUGGGCAGCAAAAGAUUCAGUCCCAGCAGAAGAACGCCAAGAAGGCCGCCGAGAAGAAGAAGGGGCAGGCGGCCGACCAGAAAACUGCUGCCAAGGUGGCGCUGGUCCACACAUGCCCAGUCUGCAGGACCCAAAUGCCUGAUCCAAAGACCUUCAAGCAACAUUUUGAGAGUAAACACCCCAAGUCUCCAAUGCCUCCCGAGCUGGCCGACGUUCAGGCUUGAGGGCGCGCCACCGAGCCGAAACAACUCAAUGUCAUGGAUCAAGAACACUGGGACCAGUCAACAUGGCGGCGAUGUGUGGAAGGACCGGAAACAAAAGGGGCACAAGUCCACCAGCAGUGUGUUGUUGGAAAAACAUAUUUAUUGUAUACAAGCAACAUACUGGCAAACUGUCAGACAUAACGGGAAUUUGACAUUUAAAAGUGCUCAGAUGUAUCUUCGAACUGUUUGUAGCAUUGUGAGUGCUGUUAUAUGCAGAUAGGCAAAGUCGCUUGCACAUUCGCCGGACUUCAUCCCAGGUUGUUAUUGUGGAGCCAUUUUAUACCCCUGUUCUCUUCUUGGGAGGGGUUAAAGUCAGACCACACAGAGACAGCUACACUUCCGGAUAACAGGAUGAAAUCUGGCGCAUGUGCAAGCAACUUUGCCUAUCUGCGGAUAAUAUGGUCAGCACUCACAAUGAUAGGAUCCAUAUAAGUACUGUUAAAGUUCAAAUUCCGAUUACACAAAGGAUGAAUGACAAGUUCAUAUAUUUCACUUUUUCUUCUGUCAUCUUUCCUGAGUGAUGCAAGCUACGCAGAGAAGUAAAAAAAAAAGAACAACCCACUAAAUAUCAGGCGCUUACCCACCGUACCUCUGGCCUUUUUUUUUUUAAACAAAUAUACAUGUGACAAUAACUUACAGAAUAUAUUGUUCAUUAAUUUGGACCGCUAACUUUUAGUGACAAGCACAAAACAUGUACAACAUUGUUUUAUUUCAUUUUUUGGAAGGACUAUUUACUAUAGAAAAGAUGUGUGACCAAAAAAAGUAAUAGUUUUGUGUGUGUAUCUUGUAAUAAAAGUCAAAGUCAA